ACUUUGGAACAUUCCAACUCCCGGACUGUCCGGCACUAGACCCCGUUGGCGCAUUUCUUUUUUUGAAUAAACAAGCCGUUGUCGUGAGCUGGUGGCAGCCCACAGGACACAGGACGCAUGCGCUGUAGCUGCGAAACAUGUGUGCGUGCCAAGAGCGAACAUCGUCAGCGCCCAAGUAGCUCUUGAAAGCACCGGUAGAGGAGUCGAGAACGCUCAUUGGGAUCUCUUCCCCGAAGGAGAGCUUCCCAAAUUUAUGGAAACGUGUGCAUCGAACGCUCGCAGAUAAUUGACGCCUUGCUGGGUCCGCGACGCAACGCUCGGAGACUCCGGAGUUCGAGAAAAUCUUUCGCUGGUGAAACCUUCUUUUCCGGGUCUCUUGUUUCUCACUCACCGGAGCCACGGGAGCGGCUCUAAUACCCUUGGAUACCUGCAAUAUCGAGGAAACAAGAAGUACACGAUGUCAGUCGCGAGUUCUCUGGCGUUGGGCUUCACGGGUUUCCUAUUGUACGAGUCCGAGCCGGGAAACACUUUGUUCACCUAUCAUCCGGCACUGAUGACCAUCGCGUACAGUCUCCUCGUUUUCGAAAGUGUGCAAAUUUUCAACAAGUCAAAUCCUGUGCGGUCUGUGCUCCCUGUGAGAACCAUUACAUUCCAUUGGUUUCUUUCGACUCUCGCUUUGUUGUGCGUGACUGGCGGAAUGUAUGCCGUCUUCCAACACAAAGAGAAUCUGGGGAAAGCGCACUUCGCCUCAACUCAUGCUAAGCUGGGACUCGUUGCCAAUAGCGGACUAUUCCUUAUCGCGAUUGGAGGAGUGCUGACUUUGUACAGAAAAACUUUGGGAAUUUCGAAAUUGGUGAAACAAGGACAUGUUAUCGGAGGAGCGGUGGUAUACGUGGCCGGAAUAGGGGCUCUGCUCACCGGGCUUUCGUCGGACUGGUUUUCUAAUGUUGUUAUGGUAUCCGCACCGUUCUACUGGAGAGCUAUAUACACUCUGCCCAUCAUUUGUGCAUUCGUGAUCUCGAUGCAGGUAUCGCUCAAGCUGUUGAGGAAGCUACAGAAGAAAGACAAGAGCCAUAAAUCCGAUUGAUUGAAAUUCUCUUAUUCAAGAAUCGUCUCUUAAGUAAGAUAUCUCUGGUCAUACGCUAUCCGGCAGAGAAAAC